UGCCUGUCGAAAUCGACUUGUCGUUCGAGAACCUUUCUGUCCCUCCAACCGACGACCUCACGAUCCCUCACAACCACCAUGACGCGAUCGUCCAUGGCCCCUUUGCGCAAGAGCCCGUUCAUCGAUGCCAUUGAGAAGCACGAUCCCGAGUCGACGGCCGUGAUACAUUCGCUGAGCGGGCGCUGUUUCAACUAUGGAAGCUUGCUGCACGACGUGGCCGUCCGAAAAGAGCAGCUGUUAAAGGACACGAGCAAGGAUGACGAGAGCAUUGUCGGAGAGCGCAUUGCAUUCUUGGUGGAGAAUAGCUACGACUAUACAGUGACACUUCUCGCAUGUCUGGCUUCCAACGCCAUUGCCGUGCCUCUGGCGCCAUCGUUCCCCGCGGCUGAGCUGCGCUACAUUCUCAACCAUAGCGAGGCUCUGGCUGUCGUGCACUCGGCAAAAUACUCGAAGCUGGCUCACGAAGUGCUGAGUGAAGGCGUGGACCAUGCGCCUCUGCGUGUGGCUGUGGCGAAGAUCAAGCAAGGUGUCCCAUCAUCCUCGUCACCUGCUCUUUCCAGCUCGUCGCGGCCUGCCACGAAUGAAGGCGGCAUGAUGCUUUACACCUCUGGUACCACCGCGAAGCCCAAGGGCGUCCUCUUGCCCACAUCUGUCCUGGCAGCUCAGGCUCAAUCACUCAUUGAGGCGUGGAAAUACACUCCAGAUGACCACUUACUCCAUGUUCUCCCGCUCCAUCACAUUCAUGGCACUGUAAAUGCCCUUCUCACGCCUCUCCUUGCUGGCAGUACGAUAGAAUUCAUGUUUCCGUUCAACGUUGACAAUGUCUGGAAACGCUUCGCAGCCCCAUUUCUCAAUGGCAACAGCGAGCAGAGAAAGCCCAUCACCUUCUUCACUGUCGUGCCCACCGUCUGGUCACGCAUGCUUCAAUCACACCCUGAUCUCCCCAAUGACCUCCGAUCUGCAGCAGACGAAGCAGUCCAACGCAAGCACCUCCGUCUCAACAUAUCCGGCUCAGCAGCUCUCCCCACCCCAACGAAGAAAGCAUGGACAUCUCUCUCCUCGGGCAACGUUCUCCUCGAGCGCUAUGGCAUGACCGAAGUGGGCAUGGCCUUGUCUUGCGGCUUGGACGACGCAGACCGUAUAGACAUGAGUGUAGGUUGGCCUCUUCCCACGGUCCAAGCCCGCCUUGUCGAUACCGACACCGGCUCCAUCAUCGAGGGAGAGGUCAAAGAAGGGGAGAAGGAACGCUCGGGAGAAAUCCAGCUCAAGGGACCUACCAUCUUCAAAGAGUACUGGCGGAAUCCCGAAGCGACUCGGAAGGAAUUUACCGAAGACGGCUGGUUCAAGACAGGAGACAUUGCGAUUCGCAAAUUUGUUACCAAUGGAGCUGGUCAAGGUCAAAGCGGCACGUGGGCAACAGGGCCCGCAUAUUUCAUUCAAGGUCGCAAAUCCGCAGACAUUAUCAAAACCGGUGGAGAGAAGGUUUCUGCGCUCGAAAUCGAGCGUGAGCUUCUCUCUUUACCCGAGGUGCAAGAGUGCGCUGUUGUUGCUCUACCCUCGGAAGCCUGGGGACAAAAAGCUGCUGCUGUGGUCGUUUUGUCAGAAAAGGGCAAAUCGGCAGGGCGAAAAAGGAGGAAUUCAGAAGAAGCGCAGCCGUGGAGUGCAAUGGACAUGAGGCGUGCGCUAAAGGAUAAGUUGGUUGCGUAUAAAAUUCCACACGAUAUGAAGGUCGUGGACGCCAUUCCGAGGAAUGCCAUGGGUAAAGUCAAUAAAAAGGAAUUGGUGCCUGCUGUCUUUGGCGAUUUGGAAAAGAUCAGGAGAAGGAGUAUCAGCCUCCAGGAAGAGAAGGCUUUGCAGAAGUCUCUGGAGAGUGAAAAGACUCGAGCUUCUCACCAGGCCAAUGGAGGUGCUGUAGAUGCUCAUACCCAUGGCAGCUCUUGAGGCAAUAUGAGAGUGUUGAUGAUGGGCGAGAAGGUCAGCCCACUUGACUGAAUGGCCAGGGAAGGUGAAAAGAUCAGCUGAAGCGGUCCGAAUUCGUAUUGCCCGUUGUCACUACUGCAUCUGGACGCACCGGAAUGUCAAAAGUGGUCAGUGAUGUCGGGAGAUCCCGAUCGCAGAGUUUCGCUCUGCAUAACGUGUCCAACCACCUCUUGGGGCCUCCUCUCCUGUACAUUGUCCCAUUCCCUACCUCAAGUACGCCUUCCGGGGAUGCAGAAACUCAAAAGACCAUCCCAUGGGGAAAUGCCACGCACACUGCAUAUAUCGCAGGGAUGUGCAACAGAGAGACUUCGCCACCGUGAGUGACUACCCUAGGUAGAAUACCCAAUGGUUGCAUUGGGUCUCAGCGAUGUAUGUCUUUGAGCAUGCAUGUUGAGCAAGUUAAUGAGU